GCUGGACAGGACGGGAAAGAACCCACAGAAAUCGGGCCGCCCGAACCGAACCGAAUCGAACACAACACAACACAACAGAGAUCGCUCUCGAACGGUCACCGCCAUUCCAACACCGACAMGACGAUGAUGCUUCCCUUGCUGCGGCUGGUGCUCCUCGCGGCACUCCCCCGGUCCGCUCUCGGGUGGUCCCAUCCCCGAUCGCCUUUCCGUAGGGGUGCCGGGGGGAGCCGCUGCAGGGCUCCGGUGCGCGGGGGGGCGUCCCCCUCGGCCCUGUGGGGUACGGAAGGAGACGGCGGGGACGCCGCGCCUGGUACGACGACGAAAUCGUCGUCGGCGCCGAUCUUUUCCGAAGAGGACGUCUCCGACUUUUGCAAGGGGACCAACGAGUUCUGGAAGGGACUGGUCAUCGAGCCGGUACGAAACUACGUCGAGAUCCGGGAGGGUGGCCCCGACAGCCCCACCGACAUUCUCUCGAAGCUGGUGGCCCCGCCCGAGGUCCCGGGCCUGUCGAGGCCGGUGUGGUUCACGAUCCUGGGCAGCGUCCCGACCGCCCUGGGGUGGUACGGCUACUACAAGUUCAGCGUCGAGGAAGAACUCUUCCAGCACGAGCUCCGGACCAGCAAGAACGGGUACGUCACCGGGUGCGGCGGCUACGGGACACUCUUCCCCUUUGUCUUUGGGGUCCUGCUGGGAUUCCCCAUGGCCCUCCUGCACGUCCCGGGCGGCGAGCUCCUUCUCAAGGCGGCCGGGGCCUGGAUCCUGACCGGGCAGGUCAAUCUCUACCGCCGGGUGAACGAGCUGUGCUUCGAGGACGAGGCCGUCCGGGAGGAACUCCUGGCCGGUCUGGCACUCCCGGGAGAGGAGGCCGGGGAGCCGGAACCCCCCCUGCACCCGUGGUGGGCCCUGCUGCCGCCCCCGCUCGACGUGGUGGUGGGGCUCCGGCAGGUACACUUCUUGUCCGAAUACUGGAGGAUCGUCCGGGGGGAUCCCUACGACAAGGACAUCGUCGCGGAAGAACUCUUUCCCUUUAUCAGCUCCAAGCGAUUCACCCUCAAGCAGUUCGCGAGGAAGCCCUCCAACUGGUUUUGGUUCACCAAAAAGACGAAGGAUUUCGACGGCAUCGAUUUUUUGAAAGACUGAUGGAUGAUGCGGUGCGACACAGUCGUGGA